GUGUCAUUCAACGUAGGCCAUUGGCCUGAUGUUCAUUCAUAUUGAUGUGAAUUCACAAACCCCAAUGUUGGCUUAUGUUACAAUUCCAGCUACACGUGGUUAUAUGUGUUACCCGAUAGAUGUACAUUUGCAAGUGGGUGUAAACGCUGUGGAUCUAAAGUCGCAUGUUUGUGGUGCUGUUAUGUUGAGGCAUAACGACACGUGCACAUUACCCUCGUCUCGCUCUCCUCGGCAUAUUUAAGUGAUGUUUAUUAGCUCUCGUGCAGAAUGGCGUUUUGCGGAUUAGCACGCAGGUCCCCGGGGUCUCCUCGUGGAGGUACGCGUUAAUUAAUUAAUUAACUAACGACCACGUUUCUCCUCGACACCUAGAACAAUAUUCUACCAAACCCUUUACGUUUGAGAAGCGUCGAAAUGCACUCGAUAUUAGGCCUUAUCGAGAAUCGAGAGUUAAACGACACAAACACACCGUGAUUUGUUUGACGCCAAUAAUGUGAACGCGCAUCCAAUCAACCUUUUUUUUUAUUGCGCGUACGGGGGAGAUGUGGGGGUGCGCGCUGGGGAGUCUCUCCCAGCCACGCGCAGUAGCGUGCUCAUCUACUGCAGAGCGGAGAGACAGCCGGUGCUACUACUACCGGCCAACAAAGAGACACUCACCGGCUCCAAGUGAUCCGUUGAAUACAUGAUAAAGUGACGAGGAACGCAGCGGAGGAUUUCUACGUGACAUUGCUUCUUUGAUCGGCUUUUUUGGUUUAUAGCCGUCUUAGGCGUACUGCGAUCGUGUUGCCAUGGAGCUCGAGCACUUCGACGAGCGGGACAAGGCGCAGAGGUCCACCCGGAGGGGUUCGCGGGGCACCGGGCUCCCCAGUCCCACACACAGCGCGCACUGCAGCCUGUACCGGACCCGCACCCUGCGCACGCUCAGUUCUGAAAAGAAGGCCAAGAAGGUCCGUUUCUACCGCAACGGGGACCGCUACUUCAACGGGAUCGUUUACGCCAUCUCCCAGGAGCGGUUUGGCUCGCUGGACGCCCUUCUGGCCGACCUGACCCGAGCUCUGUCCGACAACGUGAACCUCCCCCAGGGUGUGCGGACCAUCUACUCCAUAGAUGGGACGACGAAAAUCACAAGCAUGGAACAGUUGGUCGAGGGGGAGAGCUACGUGUGUGGCUCCAUCGAGCCCUACAAGCUGGUCGACUACACCAAGAACGUCAACCCCAACUGGGCGGUGGGCGCAAAGACGGCCGCGUCGGCACGCUCCCCGGCCCCGCUGUGCACCAGCGUCGCCAAGCUGGGCCCGGCGGCGCCCGAGAGCCGCGACUACAUCCGGCCCAAGCUGGUAACCAUCGUCCGGAGCGGGGUGAAGCCGCGCAAGGCGGUGCGCAUCCUGCUCAACAAGAAGACGGCGCACUCCUUCGACCAGGUGAUGACGGACAUCACCGACGCCGUCAAGUUGGACUCGGGCGUCGUCAAGAAGCUGUACACCGUGGACGGGAAGCUGGUGAGCUGUCUCCAGGACUUCUUCGGGGAUGAAGAUAUCUUCAUCGCCUGCGGACCGGAGAAGUUUCGUUACCAGGACGAUCUUCUGCUUGAGCACAGUGAGUGCAGGGUGGCCAAGUCCUCGUCGUAUGGUCGGAUCUCUCCGCUGCUGGGUCGAAGCCUGCCUAGAGGUGGGGUCGCAUCCCUCCGAAGAUCCCCCUCCUCCAUCAGCUCCGCCAAUGGAACAGCAGGAAGCCAGCUGUCUACGCCCAGAUCCGGGAAGUCUCCAAGUCCGUCUCCAACCAGCCCUGCUAGCCUACGACGACGACGGAGCUCUCAGCAAGGUGGCUCCUCCCUCUCUCUGGCCUCCACCAGGGUAUGUGACUCCCUGGACGACUGGGACACCCCCCAGAGCGAUGGUACACACAUACACACUCCUAUCAAAUGAACACAUACUCCUUUCUGAG